AUGGAUGCGUUUGAAACCUACACACACACUCAAUGGGGCGAAAUACUACAGAUUACAGACGAAUUUGAAUAUUGGACGGCAAGUCAAACCUUGGCCGUUAACGAAGCUCUAGACCACGUCGAGAAUGAAAAUCAUAAUGAAACACAGGGGGUUAAGCGGCAACUGUCUGACCCUGACACCGCGGAUGCCUCUGAAGAAGAAGGAAGGUUAGAAAAAAAACCCCGACCGGUGGUUAGUCCGAUAUUAUUUUCAGAUGACGAUAGCGACUUUGACACGUCGCAGAUUUGUCAAGUGGGGAGAGGUGGCGAAGAUUUAGUAAGGCUGAUUUCGGUGGAGCGCCGUUUUUCAAGAAAGUUUAAUAUCCAUUCCGAAUUAAUGAGAAUCGAAAUUAUAAACACGGAGGCGGUUACCACUCCUGACUGGCUAGAGCGGCUAUUCACUCAGAUAUUAGAGACCGUCAGAGAAAAUUUCAAUGUUCAGCCAAACGAGAGGGUAAGAAUACAACUAAAUCAUCCUGAUUUGGACAACCCCAUAUAUAUUGCGUUUAGACCUUACGAAGAACUAACUUUGGAAUUAAUCUUGGAAGAGAUUGCGAAAGUUAUGCAGUCAAAAAAAACACUAGUUAUUGACAAUCAAACUUCUAUAUCCGUAACCUAUGUAGCCUCUAAAGAGGGCGGUGCUUUUACAAAUACGGUUCUUUUGAACGAGGCUUUUAUGAGUUCAAAAAAACGAACAUUUAUAUCACCAGUUGCCAACUAUGGUUAUCAAACUUGUUUCGGACAAUCUAUCGUCCUGGGUAUAAAUGAAAUUUCUUAUCGUAAGAAAAUUUCACCGACAGUCGAAGAAACUAAACAUUACAAACGUGUAGCAAACAAACGUAAGAAAAAACCGUUACAGAUUGCUAUGGCUAUGGAAAUGUAUCAAGAGUACGGGGUUAACCCGUUAGUGCCUACAGGUCGUCCUGAAUGGUGCAUAUUCCAAGAACACUUAAAAGCUAAAUAUCAAAUUGUCAUCUAUGACGCACAGAGUGCAAAUUGUGUCAUAUUCAGAGGUGUUGCGGAUCCCAAUGUACCCGUUUUAAGACUGUAUUUAAUGGAAAAACAUUUUUAUUAUAUAAAGAAAAUCAACAGCUUAUUUAAUCAAGCAUACUAUUGUCCAGCGUGUGAAAAACCAUAUUCGGAUAAGAAUAAACAUGUGUGUAAAGCGACAUGUCACAGUUGCCGUCAGGUAGAUUCUUGUCCUAGGGAUCGACCACGAAUACAAUGCGAACUUUGCCACCGUUAUUUUAGAGGGUUGAAAUGUUUGGAGAGACAUAACCAAAAUGUCCCACUAUACACCGUGACGACGUGUGUGAAAUAUAGGGCCUGUUUAAAGUGUUAUGCGACAAUAGACACACACGAAGAUGACGCAAUGAAUAAACACACAUGCGAUGUGCACAAAUGUCGUAAUUGUGAGCAGCUGUGUAAACCUAACCAUAGGUGUUAUAUGAAACGAUUAUCGGAGGAUGUUGAAGUUGAGACCAUCAGAUAUUUUGUUUUUUACGACUUUGAGACUAUUUUGGAUGAAAAUAAUAUCCAUGUAGCGAUUUUAUGCGUUGCACACCGCGUGUGUCCUUUAUGUUUGGAGAAAGACAUUAACGAACCUUGUGACGGUUGUAACUUAAAGAACGCUCAGAGAGAAUGGAUUUUGUAUGGUAAAUAUUGCGUCUCUGAGUUUUGUCGCUGGAUAGUUCAGACCGAAAUAAAUGUCGACCUCAAGGGUAAAAAAACUACCGUUCUAACUCACCGACACUCGAGGUUCAUAGCACAUAAUAGUCAGGCUUUCGAUGCUCUAUUUGUAUUGAGAUAUUUCGUCAUACAUACUAGAAUUCUACCUCAAAUCAUCGCAAACGGGUCUAAAAUCCUUUGUAUGACUAUAAACAAUAAUAUACGUUUUUUAGACAGCCUGGCGUUUAUGCAUAUGAAACUUACAGAUUUUAGCAAAACAUUUGAUUUACCGAUUACGAAGGGUAUAUUUCCGUAUUCAUUCCUUAAACCUGAAAAUUUGGAAUACAAUGGUGAAAUGCCACCGAUAAGCUUUUACGAAACGUCAACUAUGUCUCCGCAGGAACGUGAUAAGGUUAUUAAAUGGUAUAAUGAACGCGUGUUACAAAACAAUUAUUUUGACACUAAAACAGAAUUGACAAACUAUUGUGUAAGCGAUGUAAUUCUCCUCAGGCUGGCAUGCGCUCGGUUUCGUAGUCUUUUCAUAGAGCUGACCAAAAUCUCGCCCUUUCAAAAGGCUAUUACGAUUGCGUCCUUGUGUAACCUUGUCUACCGGAGAAAAUUCUUACCUCCCUUUACGAUUGCUAUAGCACCCCAGGGUCAGUAUGUAGUCGCCCGUCAGUAUUCAAAUUCAAGUAUACGUUACAUGCAAUAUCUGGAAUACAUUGAAAACCGUCAUAUACAACAUGCCCGUAACGGUGGUGAAAAGGACAUUUUCAAUAUGUAUGUAGAUGGGUGGUAUAUGGAAAAUAAUACCGAAGUGUGUAUCGAAUACUUGGGUUGCGUUUUCCACGGCUGUCUCUGUAUAAAAAACAGAGAGCGAACAUCACCAUACAAUAACAAAACUAUGGCCACGUUGUACGAGGAGCACUUGGCACGUUUGGAACGGCUGAAGGCCCCCAACCGUCGCGUUCGUUGUAUAUGGGAAUGCGAACACCGACAACUCGUAAAUACCCCGGCGUAUUUAGACUUUGAAACAAGAACACCACCUUUGACGGCCCCCUUGCAAGUACGUGACGCCUUUUAUGGUGGCAGGACGAACUUAUUAAAAUUUUAUCACAAGGCCCGUGAAAACGAAAGAAUUCGAUAUCUGGAUUUUACGUCACUUUAA